AUGGCACUUGAGGCUUUGACAGAUCAGCUUCACGACCUCAGUUUGGCCGCUGGAGAGUGUGUCCCGUUUCACCCUCCUAAAGGCACAGCGAAACUCGAUGAUACGCCUCGGUAUUUGUUCCGUGUUUUCACUCCGAAUUCUCGUGGAAUGACCAGUAAAACCUGGGCCAUGUCCAGUGAUGCCAUGGUUGGGACAACCGACUGCAAAACAGAUAUCUUCGAGAGAUCCGACAGUAAUCAAGUCGCGAACAUGAUAUACAGUCAUCUGAGAUGGCUUAAAAUUCCUAAUGAUAAUCUCGUAUCUUGGACGAGCUCACUGUUAGUUGCACUUGUGUACAUCUUCCACCUGAACGCCAGCACGACGGACGGAUCGGCAUUCGAAAACAUCUACAUUUGUAUCAUGGACACAACCUGCUGUGAUAAAGGCGUCUUUAUGCGAGAUAGGGACCUUAUUCGAGAAUAUAAAUCGUAUAACUUAGACUUGAAGUAUUUCGAAAGGUUACGAUCGCGUCAACAUAAGACCUGGAGGGGGUACUUUUAUUUCGGAGAAUACAUAUCACAAGGUGCUCUAAAAGUUGAGGGCAGAUGCCAAGUCGUUUCCGCUCAGGCAAUAAUCGAUCAAAAUCUAUACGAACUGCUUCCAGGACUUCGAAAUUUUCCGCAAGGGACAAUACAAUCACCGCCACCCUGGGCAAAUAAGGUCAUUGAAAUACGCGAAAACUUUUACACACAAGUAAUUGCAUGCCAAGAAUCAAUCUAUGAUAAAUUUAGCGCUGCAAUUCGCAUCGGUGAGCUCUUUGGGCGACGCUGGAGAAUGCCCGUCGCAAUCAGUCUCCUUGGGCUCAUACCCCACCAAGACAGCGACAUUACCAUUCUCUCAACACUUAGACAGCCAAUUUUCACGGAUGAUGAGAGACGAGAAUGCUCACCGUUGAAGACAACGGCUGGAGUAUGCGAAUUUCUGCCCGAGGUACAAAAAAGCUACAUGAUAAUGCGAAGCGCGUAUAAGGAUUACUGUGUAAGAAGACUAAAAGGAAAGUAA